AAUGAGGGCUAAGAGCCAUCGGCAGUCGUUGUGCAUUUGCUGGCCGUCGAUCACGGAGAGGCAACGCGUUCCACUCUCGUCCCAACAAGCACACACAUAAAUAACUAAGCACAGUCCUGGUGCAAAGAAAUGUAGCUUUUUUUUUUAAACCGUCGCAAAUGUAAUGGCGCAGCCCUGCAAUGACUUAUUUCAUUGCACACAGUCAGUAACGACAUCAUUAUUAUUAUAUAAGUUGUAAAGCACUUGGCGAUGCGGUUCAUUCGAAGCCAGUCCGGAACGUUGUUCUGCGGAAUUAAUUUGACAGCGCUACAACCGAGUCUUCUUUAACGAAAACCCUUUCAGACAACAACGACGUCUCGCGCCACCAACUACGGCGGCGCCCAUGAACACCUGAACAGCGAAAAUAGCGGAGGGUCCGUCAAUGCAAAUGCGUGUUUAGUUCUUAUUUGUGGUCGGAGGGUGUAACAAAAAAAAAGAGGCCAGCGAAAUCUCUCGAAGGACCAAGCAGAAAGAACGCGGAGACAACCGUGGCGGCAUUUUCACGCGGGAGAAUCAGCCGCGAGUGCGUCUGUGGUGACAAACGCAAACCUGGGACCCCAGCGAUUUGAGCCAGACGCUGAGCGCCAGCAGACUAGAUGGCAACGACCGGGCUCUCCUGUAGAGAACAACAUCAAGUCCUAAUCUUCUGCCGGCGGGGUAACGCUGACGGCUUACUUUGGAAUGAACAGCGACCAAUGAACAUAUGUCCACCGGGAAAAUUCGACGGUCUGUCAACAGGCGCUUUGUACUGUCACUUACCAGAGAGCAAAGUGAAGGGUGACAUUCGUCAGUGAUGCCAUGGACUCUUGGGAAAGGGAAUGGAGUCUCGGCAGGGCAUAUUCACACUCUGCGCACGCAGCGAUGUAAUUGCUAUGAAGACUUAGAUUGGAAGUUUGUGCGACAUCCGGCACAGAGCCCAGAUCUAGCCCCUUGGGAAUCCCAUCUUGUUAGGAGCUCUGAAAGAAGCUCUACCUGGAAGCGGGUUUUGACGGGAGAAGAGAAUGUGAAAGCAGUGUUUGCAGUCAUGACUUUGGGACCAGUAGGAAGCAUGUGGGCCUCUGAUAAAAAAUGUAUUUCAGAAGAGGGUGACAGUGUGCAAUCAAAGGUUCAGUUAAAAUUAAUGUAUUUCCUUUAUUAAAACACCAUCUUGUAUAUCGGUACGAGCUAGCAAACAGGAGCUAUGAAAAUCAGCUACGCUCUCAACCACACUUCUUCCAGCUUGGGCUUCACCCUGGGAUACAUUGACACAGCAGCAGCAGCAGCCACUCAAAGCACCGACAUCUCCCAUCACCACCACCACCACCAUCAGCCCGGGCCGUCGCUGCUCUACCAGACCGCGACCUCCUCGGCGCUGGGCGCCCUCAUCGCCUGCUCCAUCGCGGGCAACGCCUUCGUGCUCGCCGCCAUCUACCUGGAGCGCUCCCUGCAGACCGUGGCCAACUACCUGAUCGGCUCCCUGGCCGUCACGGACCUGCUGGUGUCCGUGCUGGUGCUUCCCGUGGCCGCGCUCUACCAGGUGCUGGGCCGCUGGACCUUGGGCCAGGCCGUGUGCGACGCCUUCAUCGCGCUCGACGUUCUGUGCUGCACCUCCUCCAUCCUGCAUCUGUGCGCCAUAGCGCUCGACCGCUACUGGGCCAUCACGGACCCCGUGGACUACGUGAACAAGAGGACGCCCCGCCGAGCGGCGCUCAUGAUCGCCAUCACCUGGGUCGUGGGAUUCUCCAUCUCCAUCCCGCCCAUGCUGGGAUGGAGGCAGGCGGAGGACAGGGCCGACCCGGACGCCUGCAACAUCAGCCAGCACCUGGGCUACACGAUCUACUCCACCUUCGGCGCCUUCUACAUCCCGCUGGUGCUCAUGCUGGUGCUGUACGGGAAGAUAUUCAGCGCGGCCAGGUUCAGGAUUCGGAAGAACGUUGCGUUUAAGUCGGCGUCGCACACGGACAACGGCUCUGCCGAUGGCCCCAUCGCCGUGACGGCUCGCAGCUCCGAGCCAGCGACUCUGCUGAUUGUCGCACAGGUGUCGGAAGAACGGACGAGCGACGGGCCAGAGGGUUUGCUUCUGCCGAUUGUCAUCAGGGAUAGGGAGGAGGCAGACGGUGAUGGUGGUGGUGGCGGCGGCGGCGGGAGGGUCGGCCAGGAAAGGAAACGCAGCCACGAUCAGCAUCAUCAGCACCAACAUCAGCACCAUCACAACCACCAUCAUCAUCAUCAUGACAGUCACACCCAACAGUGCGGUCAUGAGCACAGAGAUAGUCAGCAGUCUCAUCACGGACAUCAUCGUCACCAUCAUCAGCAUCAUCACCACCAUCGUCACCAUCAACAUCAUCUCCACCGCAGCAGUCAACGACCAGAGCAGCAGCAGCAGCAGCAGCAGCAGCAGCAGCAGGAGCAGAAUUCUUCUGACCAGCAGCAACAAAGUCAUGGUCAUCAACAUCAGCAGAAAUGUCAUCAACAGCAUCGUCAACAUAAAUCUCAGAGCAAUCAUUGUCACGUGCAGCAGCAGCUUCAUCAGCAGCAAGAGCAGAAACAGCAGCAGCUAGAUCAGCAACAUCAUCACCAUCAUCAUCGUCGUCAUCAUCAUCAUCAUCAUCGCCGCCAGCAACAUCAUGAUGGUGAUGAUCAUCAGCAGCCUCAAGAUCAUCAGCAGCAUAAACAUCGGCAAAAGACUGGUGACCGUGAUCAGAAACAGCACCGUGGUCAUCACAGUUGUCAUCAUCAUCAUCAGCAUCUUGAACAUGAGCAGCUACAACUGCAAUCUGCAGACAAUCGGCAGCAAUCAGCUGAUCAUCAGCAGCAACAUAAGCAAUCUACAAACAAUAAUAAUGAUGAUGAUGCCGAUCAGCAGCAUCGUCAUCAGCAGCAGCAAUCUACGGAAACUCAACAGCAGAAAUCUACAGCGCACGAGGGGCAGCAACAGAAACCGAAUCAGCAGCAACAGGUGCAUGAAGAGCAACCUGCAGAUCAGCAGCAGCAACAGCAUCAACAACGACCUGCAGACGAACCUCACCACCACCACCAACAACAGCAGCAACUCGAGAGCAACCAGCAGCCUCCCGACCACCAGAAAACACUCGGUCCAUCGCAGGACCUCCAAGCCAAGCAGGCGAUGGACCGGGCCCAGAUGCACCGGAUGAGAAGCGCCAUGGCGCGAGAGCGCAAGGCGGUCAAGACUCUGGGUAUCAUCAUGGGCUCGUUCGUGCUCUGCUGGCUGCCCUUCUUCGUCGUGGCGCUGGUGGUGCCAUUCUGCGGACCGCCCUGCGAGUUGCCCCCGAUCCUGAUGGCCCUCAUCACGUGGCUCGGCUACUCCAACUCCCUGCUCAACCCCGUCAUCUACGCCUACUUCAAUCGGGACUUCCAGAACGCCUUCAAGAAGAUCGCCAGGUGCAGGUGCUGCAGAGGGAGGUAUUGAGGUGUGCUGGGGUGGCUAUGGUUGCGACCUGUCCCGGUUUGAAUUAGAAUGUGUAUUUUUACCGGAGGAAUCCGAUGAGCUGUAAAGCUCUUUUUCACAGAUGUCCAGUAGUGUCACAGAAGAAUACCUUUCAACCCUUUCUUAGUGCCGACCUUAUUACAGACCAGUUCAAGUCACAGAGUCACUGUGUGUGUAUUGCUACCACUGAUGUGCCAACAAUAGAAUUGCUUUGUUGGUUUUAACUUUUAACUUUUGAUUUCGCUUAACAAUUCACAAUCACAUUUAUAAACCAGAAUGUUAAUCACCAAGGUGAAUAAACAUGGAAUGUUUGGCAACAUCCGGGCAUGGCUGGUGGUAAAACAGUCAAGAGAAGGAUUUAAAUUCAUAAGGAGGAACCCUCCGAAACUAUAAUAGCCUCAGCCCCCCCCCCCCCC